AUGCUCUUCAACAAUCCCUCAACUACCCUUGUGGGUGCACUGGGUUGCAUAUCGCUUUUGUCCCAGCAUGUGUAUGCUGCGCAUAUUCCGUAUCGUCACCGACACAACCAACAUAGCCCUGGAGGCUCCCAUGAUUCUGCUCUGCCAGUUGGUGCCUGUGCAGCCGGCACUACAUCUGUAACAACGACUGUGACUGUGACUGUAAACGUCGAUGCUAGCCCAACAGUGCAGAACAUCGUUACUCCCACGGUUAUCAUCUCUACCGAUGCUCCGGCGGCUACGUCCAGCUCCAGCUCCACCUUUACCUCUGUUGUCGAGGUUCCCUCCGCGCCUGAGUCUGAGUCUGAGUUUGCAUCUGUAUCUACAUCUGUUUCUGCCUCUGCCUCUACAUUUACCUCUGUCGUCGAGGUUUCCUCUGCGUCCACGACUGCAUCUGCAUCUACCUCUGUCUCUACCUCUACCUCUUCGUCAGGUAGCAGCACUUCAAAGGCAAAGGUCAUGAUCCCGUACUAUCUGUACCCAUCAACCGGCGCAUGGACACCCUUGGAAGAACUGAUCCUUGCCAAUCCCGAUGUGCAGUUCACCAUCAUCAUCAAUCCCGAUAAUGGUCCUGGCUCAAGCACUGCCUCUGACACGAACUUCCUUACGGCAGUUCCCAGACUGGCAUCCUACAGCAAUGCACUCGUCCUCGGCUAUGUGAGCACUCAGAAGGGAACUCGAGACAUCUCGGAAGUCGAACAGGAUAUCCAGACCUACGCCUCAUGGCCAUCUGCCAGUGGAAAGUCCUCCUUCGCAGUGCACGGCAUCUUCCUCGACGAAGCUGCCACGGAUUACAGCGCCGAUACCGUCACCUACUAUACGAACCUGGCGUCGACCAUCAGACAAAGUGACGGGCUUGGACCUAACAACUACAUUGUCACAAACCCCGGCGCUGUUCCCGAUUCAUCCUACCUUGAUAUCCCCGAUUCGACUGUCAUCUUCGAGUCGGCAUACAGCGAGUUCCAGUCUGCAUACUCCGCCAACGAAUUCGAGAAGGUCAAGGGUCUGGAUUUGAGCCGUUUCGCUACCAUGGUUUAUGGUAUCCCGUCCGAUACCGACCUUUCGACGCUGAUUACGCAGCUGCGCAGUAUCUCCAGCCAUACCUACAUGAGCAACCUUGACACAUACCAGGCUUAUGAUUCUUUGUGGAGUACGGUGGUGUCGUUGUUGUCUGCUUAA